AUGCGCGCGGACCUCGCCGCGCUAUACGCGUGGCUCGUCUGUUGCGCCGCAGCUCUCUCUACGCACAAGUAUAGCACGCGCGUGAUUCGCACGAAGUACGGACCACUGCGCGGAAUCGUAGUCCACUCGCAUCCACAAGUUGAGGCGUACCUUGGCGUUCCUUACGCGACCCCACCACUUGGAAGUCUAAGAUACAUGCCGCCCGUGACGCCAUCGCAGUGGCGCACGACGCGACUGGCUGACGCCUCUGGGCCAGCUUGUCCGCAGGUGCCACCCGCAGCAACACCGCGGGAAGAAGCCCUCUUACUACACCCACGUGCGCGCAUCCGACAACUCGAGCGUUUAUUGCCAGUACUAGCGAACCAGAGCGAAGAUUGCCUUUACGUCAACCUUUAUGUGCCUGUAAAUGGUAUAGAAGGGGAGAACGAGGGCGCGGGUCUCCCGUGCCUUGUGUUUGUGCACGGCGAGUCUUACGAGUGGAGCUCUGGCAAUGCGUAUGACGGAACCCCGCUUGCUGCGCACGGUGGCAUCAUUGUAGUUACUAUCAACUUUAGAUUAGGUGUACUGGGAUUCCUGAAGACUGGUGCCAAAGGAUCGGCACAGGGUAAUUUCGGCCUGAUGGACCUCGUGGCAGGGCUCCAUUGGUUGCGGGAAAACUUACCAGCCUUUGGAGGUAACCCCGAAAAGGUUACUCUAAUGGGGCAUGGGACUGGAGCAGCACUUGCUAAUUUUCUUGCUGUUUCGCCGGUGGCCAGAGAACUACUGAGGCGCGUCAUCUUAUUAAGCGGGUCGGGGCUCAGCUCUUGGGCGUUGCAGAGAGAACCGCUCACGAUAAAAAGAAAGGUUGCGGAGCAGACAGGGUGCCACGGGGAUUUGCUAGAAGACGACCUGGCACCGUGCCUGCGCAACAAACCCCUUACGGAGCUACUAGCGAUUCGCCUUGAUCCACCGCGCUUCCUGCCCGGUUUUGCCCCAUUUGUCGAUGGCACCGUUAUCGUGAAUCCAUCCUCCGCUCCCCCUCCAAAUGACAACUCUAGAUUGGGAGCAGGAGCGGCUGCAGUUGCCACAGCCGCCGGCCACGAACUAGCAGACUUUCCUCAUAGAGAACUUCUGAUUGGUCUCACCACUACAGAAUCUUACUUGGAAUUCAAUGCUCAAGACUUGGAGUUCGGGUUCAAUGAGAGCCGGCGAGACCGCAUUCUGCGCACCUUCGUCCGCAACGCCUACUAUUACCACCUCAAUGAGAUUUAUUCCACCUUAAAGAACGAGUACACUGACUGGGACAAACCUGUGCAGAAUCCGCUUAGCGUGCGCGACGCUACGCUCGAGGUAUUAAGUGACGGGCGGACGGCAGCUCCUUUGAUAAGGCUGGGUUAUCUCCACGCGUUGCGUGGUGGUACGACCUACUUCACGCAUUUCCACCACCUUUCUGUAGAUAAAGACUACCCGCAGCGUCCGGGCUCCGUCCAUGGUGAGGAUCUACCGUACUAUCUCGGUGUUCCUCUAGCUCUGUCCCACCAUCAGCAGAACUUUACGCAGCAAGAGCAACGGGUUGCCAAGCUGUGUAUGCACUACCUCGCAAACUUCGCCAAAUAUGGCAAUCCGAACGAUCCGUCUGCAACGCCGCCGCCCAGCCCAGUGAUGGGAGAGUCACCCCCCCUCGGCCCCGACGAGACGCCCUACUGGGACACAUACGACACUAUUAACCAACUUUAUAUGGAAAUUAGCAGCAAAUCCGAGAUGAGAAGUCACUACCGCGGUCACAAAAUGUCGCUGUGGCUAUCCCUUAUACCUCAGCUACAUCGCCCUGGAUCUGACUUACCCGACGCUGCCAUGCGGCAUCACCACUUUCAAGAUGACAAUGCUAAUUAUUACGAAGGUGCAGUAAGAACUCAGUCAUUAUCACGCGCUCACAUACCGCACGUAGUGAACAUUGAUAUUGGUAACGCACGCGGUGAUGGACGCAGCACUUCACCACCACGUGCUGCCCCACCGAAGCCUUCACCGGCCCCACCAGCAUCAACAGAAUGCCCUCCGAACGCCACAACUACACCGAUGCAGCCCGAUGAUGCACUGCUUCGAAGACUUGCGUCGUCCCACUAUCAGUCAUACACAGCCGCUCUGACGGUAACCAUAGCUGUUGGUUGCUUUCUUCUCCUACUUAAUGUUCUCAUUUUUGCAGGUAUUUAUCAUCAAAGGGGCUCCCGGCCUCGGCGUUGCAAGGAUGAUCUAGCUGAGGCCGGGAGCUCGUCUUCUUCCGAUAAUUACGAUGGAAAAUUAGAUUACGACGUUCGUGCUUUCGAUGGUAAAGGUUUUGGUUUUGAGUGUAAAUCGGCGCACGUGCCUCGCGGUUCUGGUUCUAAAUUUGAUUUACGGACGUUAUCGGACUGCGGGGAACCCACUUUUGGAGAGUAUAGUUGUUAUGAUGAGAAACAUCGUGCAGCGCGAAGUUCGUUGCCAGAUGUAAGCGUAGGUAGCGCAAUAGAGGCAGGAAGUGUUGUUUGUAUCGAUACUCAGAAGCCAGAUAUACAAAGAGUGGAAGGCAGAAAUCCAGAAGCCAUAGGGAGGACUAGCACUUUUGAGCCGCGUGUUGUAGACAGUUCUACUCAAGUUAAAUUUGGACCCGGGGAAUAUUCUGAUAAUUCAGAAACAAAUGGUGAUUCUGAAACAGGCACUGCUGGAGGUUCAGGUAUUUUAAGGGUUCCUCCAGCGGCUACUACCCCGGCGCCACCAGGCAUCAUGAAGAAAAGAGUCCAGAUACAAGAGAUAUCCGUAUGAAAGUUAGAAAAAUUAGACACUGCCGAGAUUGUAGUGAAUACACGGACAAAGUUGUGAUUCAUAGAGAAUUUCUUGUAAAUAUAAAUAAAUACUAUUAUAUUCCCAGCGUAAUAUAUUAACAAUCGUGUAUAUAAUGUAAACAUAACGUGUAUUAGUGAAGUAUUAUAAUGUCUGACUUGGAAUAAUUUUUAAGCGUGCAAAUUCGCUGUAAAUAUUAUGUAGGUUUGUAAACACGUAAA